AUAUUAUCAAUUUGCCAUUACCACUCGUGUCUUUUCAGCCAUCUAUGCUCAACGAUUGAAUCGAUAAUUUACUCAUCAUGCAUAGAUGAAGAAUCAAAGAUUAACCCUUUCUUACACGAGCUGAUCGUUUUACUCAUCUCAAUGGUUUGGGUUAUAGCAUUUCUUAUCAGUGCUCAUGCCUCAUUACCGAAUAGUCAUACGGAUCAACGCUUACCACCUUUUCCCGUUGCGAUCGACAAUACUGUCCGCAUCCAUCCGUGCGCGACGCAUAACAGUCGCGCAUUCCCCAGCGAACGGGUACGGCACCAACAAUCAAAACGAGCGUCUUCAACAUUCAACUACAAUGAGCCUUUUCCUGAACGGACGCACGUACCGCUGCCUGGUAUGUGCAAAGUACAGUCCAGUCUGUUCCGAGCAGCACCAUCCACUACAGCGUUUGAUCGCGUACGACGAGCUGAUCGCGAAAUACUCCCGCAAGGUGAACCGCGAUCAGUACGAUGCCAUCGACAUCUACACCUGCCCGUACUGUGGCUUGGACCGGCUGACCGUCGAUCGACUGUACGAACAUGCACGCGAUCAACAUCCACGCAGUGCUAUCCCUAACGGAGGGCACCAACUUCAGCUACUGCAUUGUCCAGUGUGUGUGUGCUUCCGGCUGGAGAAUGAUUGCUUCACCCAGCAAAACUCCGGCGGCUUAUCAGAGCACCUGCUCAGUCGACACUGUUUCGCCAGCACCCAUCAGUACUGGGAGGAGUUCAAACUCCGGCGCGAGUUCUGUUGCAUGGAUGAGUUUGAACUUGUCCGAUUCAUAGCAACGUUCCUACCACCCCGGAUCAUUGCCUCGGAAAUAGUGGCGAGCCAAAACUGUUCGAACCAACUGCCUCCGGUGUGUCCCAUUUGCUUGGAGCAAAUCGAUCAGGCAGCAUGUAAAAGCUUGCAGCUGUGCGUUCAUCAGUUCCAUGGUCCGUGCAUCGACCGGUGGUUGGAAGAGAAGAAGUGCUGUCCAGUAUGCAGGAGUGAAUGCUAUGAAGAUCCUAGCAACCUUUGCCACUAGAUUGUAGAUGCAGAAAGAAAUGUGUCUACUAAAUAAAUAACAUAAGUAUGUGA